AUGCGUUCCCUGAUUAUUUUUGCUCUAUUGGCCUUCUUGGCUGUUGGCUUUGUGGCUGCCCGUCCAGCUGAGGAUGAGGAGGAGUCCUCUGUGGUCUCCCAAUCCGAUGAGAAUUCAUCCAAUAACAACAACGAGGAUGAAGAUGAUCAGCCUUGGGGAGCUGCUGCUCAACAGGAUCAGGAAUCUAAUGAUCAGGAAAACCAGGAUGACUCCGAACAGGGCAGUGGAGAUAAUGAUGGAACCAAUGGAGAUGAUUCCGAGGGUGAACCUGCUGUAGAGGAAGGAUCCAAUGGAGAUGCCUCCGAAGAUGGAUCUUCUGGUGAUAACAAUGGAGAGGAGAGCAACGUAGAAAACAAUGAGGAAAAUAACCAAGAAAGCAACGAAGAAAGCAAGGAAGAAGACAGCAGUGAUCAGGAUCAGGAGGCUCCACCCAAGAAUGUCCCUCCUAAGAGACGGCCACAUUCAUUCCGUCCUAGACACAAUCAUGUCCCAGUUUAUAUUCAUGCCAGGCCUUUGUUCCUCGCUAAUCUAAAUUAA